AGGCAGCUGUCUUAUUCAGGCAACAGGCAGCUGUCGUAUUCGGGGAACAGGAAAAUGUCAUAUCAAUCCAACAGGAAGAUGUCGUAUCCAGGCAACAAGCUACAGCCAUAGCCAGGCAACAGGAAGCUGCCUUGUUCAUACAACAGGUUGCUGUCGUAUCCAAGAAACCGGAAGCUGUCAUAUCCAGGCAAAAUGAGGCUCUUGUAUCCAGGCAACAGGAGGCUGUCGUAUCCAGGCAGCAGGAGGCUGUAGUAUCCAGGCAACAGGAGGCUGUCUUAUCCAGGCAACAGGAGGCUGUCGUAUCCAGGCAGCAGGAGGCUGUAGUAUCCAGGCAACAGGAGGCUGUCGUAUCCAGGCAACAGGAGGCUGUCGUAUCCAGGCAACAGGAGGCUGUCGUAUCCAGGCAACAGGAGGCUGUCGUAUCUAGGCAACAGGAGGCUGUCGUAUCCAAGCAGCAGGAGGCUGUCGUAUCCAGGCAACAGGAGGCUGUCGUAUCUAGGCAACCAUCUGACGGACAAAUGGAGAGUGAUGACUUCUGUGCGGUGUGCCAGAUCGGUGGAGAGCUGCUCUGCUGCGACCGCUGUCCUAAAGUGUUCCACCUGAGCUGCCACAUCCCCUCCCUCCUCACCUUCCCAGCGGGGGACUGGCUCUGUACUCUGUGCCGUGGCGAGCAGGACGCAGCAGAGGGCUAUGCCUGUGAGAGUGCACCCAGUGGAGAGAGCAGAGCUCCGUACACGCUGUCCUCCAGGGACCAGAGAAGGUGUGAGAAGCUGACUCUGCUGCUGCUCUGUCACCUCCUCAGCGCUCCGUUCCACGAGGCUGUCAGCCCAUUGGCUCAGAACUACUACCAGAUCAUCAGGAGGCCCAUGGACCUCUCGGUGGUCCGGAGGAAGCUGGACGAGAGCAACACGCUGCACUACUUCACCCCGGAGCAGUUUGUGGACGACCUGCUCCUCAUGUUCAGGAACUGUGCCACCUUUAACUAUCCGGACUCCGAGGUGGCCCGCGCGGGUCGUGACCUGGAAGCAUUCUUCCUUGAGCAGCUCCGGCAGGUUUUCAGUGACCAGACCUUCCCGGCAGCCUGCCAGAAGGCCAGCGACCAGGCCCGUCUCUGCUGGCUCCACAGGAAAAGGAAGGACAACUCCAGGAAGAAGAAACAUCUUCUAGGCGGGAAGAAAUACUUCCUGUGAUCUUGAUUUAAUAGUUGUAAACUGUAUAUUGGAAUGACAUGUGUGAAGAAUGACUUAGUUCCACAUAGUUCUUCAAGGUGCAUAGAACCUUGUAUAUGCUGUCUUCAAGCAUUUUGUUAUUACCUUUCUUUACCUUAGUGUUCUGAUUGAAGAAACAUGUAUUUAUAUUCAAAUCCUAAUUGAAGGAUUUCAAUCUGGCUGUUGUGCUCAGUUUACAUUGUCCAUGCAACAAAAUAGUAGAAAUAUUGCUUCCUAGAUAGCUUACAAUUUAUUCUAGAAAAUACAAUUUGUGGGAAAUAAUGGAUGUCAACAAAAAGUGGUGAUGUGCUGGUGAACGUUUGCUUCAGGCAUGCUUGUAUUAAAGAAUAAAAAAGAAA